AUGGUAUACACAGCUUCUUUCGCCUUCUUCGAGGCUUUGUGGGAAGCUGGCGUAAGGAACGUUUUCGUCAACCUAGGAUCUGACCAUCCCUCCAUCAUCGAAGCCAUUGUCAAAGGCCAGAACGAGAAGAAGGGUCAAUUCCCCAAAAUCGUGACAUGUCCAAACGAGAUGGUUGCCUUGUCUAUGGCGGACGGCUACGCUCGAUUCACUGGCAAACCCCAAUGCGUUAUCGUACACGUCGAUGUCGGUACCCAAGGCCUCGGAGCGGCUGUCCACAAUGCCUCAUGCGGACGAGCACCGGUGCUCAUCUUUGCGGGCCUAUCCCCGUAUACAAUCGAAGGAGAGAUGCGUGGAAGCAGGACAGAAUACAUCCACUGGAUACAGGAUGUGCCGGAUCAGAAGCAGAUCGUGGCCCAGUACUGCAGAUACACUGGAGAGAUCAAGACGGGCAAGAACGUCAAGCAGAUGGUCAACCGCGCACUGUCGUUCGCCAUGAGCGACCCCAAAGGCCCCGUCUAUCUGUACGGCGCACGAGAGCCCAUGGAGGAGGACCUCGCGCCAUACCAGCUGCAGCUCGACUACUGGCGUCCUAUCGAGCCAUCAGCGCUCCCUCCAAGUGGAGUUGAGAACAUCGCAGAGGCCUUGGUCAAUGCACAAGAACCGCUUGUCAUCGCAGGCUACACAGGUCGUAAUCACGCAGCUGUACAAGAGCUAGUCAACCUGGCAGACAACGUCAAGGGUCUACGUGUACUCGACACAGGGGGCAGCGACAUGUGCUUCCCCGCGAACCACCCAGCCUGGCUCGGUCUGCGCUACGGCAACGAUCCUAGCAUUAAGACAGCGGAUGUCAUUCUAGUCAUCGACUGCGAUGUGCCUUGGAUCAACACGCAAUGCCACCCCAAAGACACCACCAAGAUCUUUCAUGUCGACGUAGAUCCCCUGAAGCAGCAGAUGCCCGUCUUCUACCUCAAUGCCAUUCAACGCUACCGUGCAGACUCCUACACUUCGCUUUCACAGCUGAACGCCUACCUCGAGACAAACCUUAAAGACAAGCUGUCAAGCGAGCUCUUCACAUCCCGCUGGUCAGCCCUUCAACAGUCUCACAAGGAGAAGCUAGAAACGAUUGCCAGCGAAGCCACAGUAGACGAUCAGGGUCACUUCGCAACGCCCUACUUGUGCUCGCAACUCAAAGCCCUCUGCCCCAACGACACAAUCUGGGCCAUCGAAGCCGUGACCCAAACCGGUUUCGUAGCCGACCAGAUUCAAGCCACGCUGCCUGGGUCCUGGAUCAAUUGCGGAGGAGGUGGUCUCGGUUGGUCUGGCGGCGGUGCCCUUGGUAUCAAGCUAGCCACAGACACAGAGGGCAAGAAGCAGUUCGUAUGUCAGAUUGUGGGUGAUGGAACGUAUCUCUUCUCGGUGCCUGGGUCGGUGUACUGGAUCUCGCAGCGCUACAAUAUCCCCAUCCUGACUGUUGUGCUGAACAACAAGGGUUGGAAUGCGCCGAAGAGGAGUCUUCUGCUUGUGCAUCCUGAUGGCGAAGGGUCUAAGGUGAGCAACGAGGAGCUCAAUAUCAGCUUUGCGCCGACACCAGACUAUUCGGGUAUCGCAAAGGCAGCGUCUGGUGGUGAGAUAUGGGCUGGUCACGCGAGUACGGCGGAAGAGUUGGGUAAGCUCCUGCCUGAGGCUAUCAAGAGUGUGUUGAGCGGGAAGUCAGCGGUCCUGGACGCACACUUGGAAGGUCCAGAAGGGAAGUAUGGUGGUGGAAAGGGCAGGCUAGGCUAA